AUGUUGCAGAAGAGAUUAGCUAGAAGUGGUUUUGGAGCCUGUGCUAUUGUGCGCAUAUUCCACGAUUGUGGGAAAUCAGUAGACAUGCUUUCUUUUGACAUGCUGUCGAUUUGCGUUUCUCCACGCGCCGCCGCUGAUUCCUCUGGUUGUGGGGAGACUAGUGGUUUGUGGUGGUCAGGAUUGGGGAAGCUAGAAACAACUUGGGAGUGGUUAAUCCAGAUUUAUGGUCACUUUGGUGUGGAGGUAGCCUUUCCAGAGGGUUCCUUGCCUGAGGUCUUGUAUCGCAAGGGCUGGUUCUCCCAAGCUUUGUGCAAUUUUGAGGGCAUUUGCAGUAGUGAUUAUGUUUGGGGCCAAACCAUGUGCCUGAAUCUAGAAGAGGGUUGUGCUAAAUUUAUGAAUGCCCCAAAACCUCCAUUUGAUGAUGAAGUAAAAGCUUUGACCCUUCUUUUCUCUUCUUGUGAAGUAACAUUGUUGAAGUCCCCAAUGAAGAUCACUAGUCCAGAAAAUUCGUCUAUGGAUUUUCAAAAAGGUUUCCUUGCAAUACGGUUUGGAUCAGGAGUGGUAGAUGAUCUAUUUUGGUCUGGUGGUUCAUCUGGUUUUGAAAUAGUGUGGUUUAAAUCAGUGGUAUGUACUGGAACACUAGGGUUAGGGUCAUUAUCAGGGUGUGCUUGCUCUGGUAGUGUUAAGGAGAGUGCACGCAUAUUCCACGAUUGUGGGAAAUCAAUAGAUGUGCUCUCUUUUGACGUGCUGUCGAUUUGCAUUUCUCCACGCGCCGCCGCUGAUUCCUCUGGUUGUGGGGAGAUUGGUGGUUUGUGGUGGUUGAAAUUCAAUGGGAGCUGUGAGAAAUAUGAAAAUGAACUCUGUGGGUAUGGAGAUAUGGAAGGAAUGAAGACCAUCAGUGGGUAUGGAGAGAUGGAAUUAAGAUGGGUGGGAUGGCUGAUUUUAGUAACGGAGAGGAUAGCUGACUUUAGUGAGGCAAAAAUCGUUACUCAGCACCGGAGUAGAAGGCACCACUCAUGGGUUUGCCGGAGUGAGAUGCGCCACUCAGGGGAACUUACCACCAUGGGUAAGGGAACACAUUUAUCCGAGCAACAUGUGAUUUGGUUAGAAUAG